AUGUCCUCGGGAUUGACUUUCACGCAAGGUCUACUUCUAGGUCAGCUAUCUGUCUGCCUUUUACUUGGAGCCUUCAUAAAAUUCUUCAUCUUCGGUGAAGCUCCUCCGCCUCGCUCUCGAUCCCGUGCUCGAGCACACAAACACGUUCGAACACCCUCGUUACAAGGCCUUGCCUCUUCCAAAAGUGCUCCUCCACGGUCUCUGAAAAACAAAGCUAGUUCCAACGUCCUCCGGCCUGUUCCUACCAAUGCCACUGAUAUUGCUUCAAUUCUACGCAAAACCUACUAUCAAAUUCCCGACCGAGGCCAUGGAAAGCAUGCCCACUCAACGCAUCAACCGGAGAGUCUAGAUUGGUUCAAUGUCUUGCUGGCGCAGACAAUAGCACAAUAUCGCCAGACGGCCUACAAUCUCAGGGAUAGCUCUUCUGGCGGGGCCCCUACCAUACUCGCAAGCCUCGAGGCUGCAAUCAACAAUCCUGACAAGCGACCCUCCUAUAUAGACGAUAUCAAAAUCACCGAGAUAUCUAUGGGGGAGGAGUUUCCCAUCUUCAGCAACGUUCGAGUCAUUGCGGUCGAAGAUGAUGCCUCAACAUCGACCGGCGGAAGAUUGCAGGCUUUGAUGGAUGUCGACCUCUCCGAUGACAAUUUGACUUUGGCCAUCGAGACCGCCCUCAUCCUCAACUAUCCCAAACCGUUUUCUGCCGUCUUGCCUGUUGCCUUGGCUGUCUCUGUCGUGAGGUUUUCUGGCACGUUAUCCAUUAGUUUUGUUCCGGCUACGCAAGACGAUCCAUCAACGGCCAACGAUCAAGGCCCUGCCACCGGAAAACCCCAAACAAAUCUCGCCUUUUCGUUUCUUCCUGAUUAUCGGCUCGACCUGUCCGUGAGAAGCUUGAUUGGAUCCCGCACUCGUUUGCAGGACGUCCCAAAGAUUGCACAGCUUGUGGAAGCACGAGCCCAAGCGUGGUUCGAGGAGAGAGUGGUAGAGCCAAGGGUUCAAGUGGUCCCACUGCCCGGUUUGUGGCCGCGCAUGGGUAAGACCAGGGUUAGAGAAGGCCAGGAUGACGACAGACCAUCGACUCAGGAUGAACAUCGAACCUCCUCUUUCGUUGGUCGGAAAGACCCGAAUCCGGAAGAUAACUUUCCAUCCCAAGAAGAGACAGAGAGGAUUUUCGAGGGUCUCCGGUGGCGAAGUGGUCUUGGUCGUUCGAACAGUCAGGCUGUCGAACAUGAAGAGGAUGCUCCGACCCCCCCACCGGUGAGGAUGAUGCCUGGUGCUCUUCCGGCAUGA